CAUAGCGCCGACUCUUGGGAUGUCUAGCCUAUACCAUAACGUCUACAAAGUAUCAGCAUGAGUGAUGUGGUAAUGGUAGGGUAUCGUCGUUGUGUUAGGCGUGCGAUCAUGUGGAGGAAGCGGCGUUUUUAUGUGGUGCUGGGCGUGGUAUUCGUCACCAUUAUCUGUUUGCAAGGGUUGGUCUCAAUUCUCAGCGUGAAGACAUUACAAAACAGAAGCACUGAGAAACCUGUCCCUCUGUACUACAGAAAGGAUUCAGAGUUUGGCAUCUACAAAACCGGCCCCCCAAGGCUCUGUCCGGAAAUCCCCCUCGAUCUCAAAGGGAAGAUACCGGUCUUGACUGACAGUUUGGAUAUGCAGUCUGUAGAAGAGCGUCACCCGGAAUUAAUGUUGGGUGGAUCAUGGAAACCAAAGAGGUGUACUCCGGCAUAUAACAUAGCGAUAGUGGUACCAUAUAGAGAUCGGGAACUACACCUACUGGCGUUUCUUCGCCAUAUGCACCCCUUUCUACAGAAGCAGCAUUUAAGCUAUACCAUAUUUGUUGUGGAACAGACACAUUCCAUGCUCUUUAACCGAGGGUUUCUACUCAAUGUAGGAUUCAUCGAGGCCACUGCCAUAGAUGACUACCAUUGUUUUUUCUUUCACGAUGUAGAUUUGUUACCGGAGAACGACCGUAACAUUUAUACCUGUUCCACAUUUCCCCGGCUACUCGCUGUUGCCAGGUCCAACUCAAAUUACACGCUGCCAUACAGAACGUAUUUUGGAGGCGUUACCUCGAUGACCAGGCGUCAUUAUCUGAAGAUAAACGGUUACUCUAACCGUUUUUAUGGCUGGGGAGGAGAAGAUGACGACGCCUACACGAGGAUUCACGAAAAGGCGUUGCUUGUCGAUCGAAUCAACCCAGACUUCGGUCGGUAUUUUUCUCUUAAUCACACACAAGCUGGAAGGCAGAACAAUACGGAGGAUAUAUUAGUGCAAAACCAGAAGGAACAUUUCCACGAAGGGCUGUCCACCACUCGCUACCGACUGUUGAAAUUGGAGAGAAAAAGGCUGUUCACGUGGAUUCUCGCUGAUCCUGUGUUGCGACAAACAUCAGAAAGUCCAGGUAGCUGACUCAGCAGAAGUUUCAUUUGAAGGCCCUGCCACACUAGAGCUAUAUCCUCUGCGAUUCGCCUCGAACUACUGAUCGCGCCGAUUUAUUCCUAUUACACAAAACCCACCGGAGACCACUCCGAUCGCCUCGUGAUAUUUUCAGGUUGAUCAAGAUUUACCAAGAUGCUCCACAAUUACAGUUCAAGAUUUACGAUUAGGUUGUUGUAACUAGUCGCUAUAAGUGUUGGUGUGACUCGUCUUUACCGGGACAAACCAAUUAGCAUAUGGCUCGGAAAUGGGUUCUGAAUAUAAUAGGUCACCACAAGAAUGGACUGGUAUCUCUGUGAUUUUCGCAGUUUGUCUGCUGUACACUAUAAAUCCCAGGCUUUUGCUCUUAAAAAUGCCUGUAAUCCGCAGGUAGCGUUAUAUAGGGGGCCUAUAGACAAUGCUUGGAAAUCACGCUGAUUAAUAACGUCAGUAGAUUAUGGGUUCAACCACAUACCAAUGUCGGGGACAUUCGGCGCGCCAAUCCCUCAAACAUUUUACAUAUGUAGGUACUUUGUGUCGAUUUAUUGACGUAAAUUAACACCAUGUUCAGCAAUUGCUGUGCAUUUAGUCCAUUUGCAGUGUAUAUUUUGAAAGUGUUCCAUUAUAAGCUUUACGUAACUUGAACAGGCGUUUAUAUUGUCACCUUAUUGGACUCGGCGAAUGUAUUCAUGGUUAUAGAAAACGGGAUGGAGCCUGAGGCCCAUAAAUCUCCUGACAUAAAACCGCAGUGGAAAACCAGCAAGGGCUGGGAUCGAACCCAUGACCUCAUUAGCGAAAAAGCUAGUCGUUCGCUCCCACGGCCAGGGCUGAAGAUGCUCCAUAAAAAGUGAGUGUAGAGACUGGGAGCCCGGAUUAAACACUCAACCUUAGACCAAAAAUGGUCAUUAUUUUGUUCAAAAUGGACAAAAAGGCCCAACACUGGAAAAUGUCUCAGCGAUAUCAUGCAUCAAGUUCUUAUUCGUCACAACUGUUUCGAAGGAAUAGUAAAAAAACUGUACAUAUAACUGGACAACACGACCAUCAUUCUGUUGCAAAUAAACAAAACUCUGCCAAAUUUGAUUUGUAAAUUGCCAAGGUCUAGCCACAUACCAAGUUUUACUUCAUAAAUUGGUUAAUGCAUUUCUAUUCAAUAUGCGAUGAACCGUUCUGAAACCUGAUUCAUCACGAGGUAUCAACCUAUAGUCCUCGCAGGUAACGGUAUACUGGCCAAUUAGGGGCAGGACAGGUAAAUUCUGAUAAAUUGAGCCCAGCUUAUGUUAUCCCAAUACAUAGUUUCCUAUGACUACCGCAAAUCACAAACACUAGUAAAACCACAAGAAAACAAGUCCAGUCACCACGUAACACUAUCUGCUUUCAUAACACGCUACUCAACGCCUAGCUAUCGUGUUACAUGUUGUAAUAUCACAAGUAAUUCAACUAGAAGAUAAAAGGUCGCAUUAUGUUCCCUGGUUGAUGUCUGGGCAGAUAUCAGUCUGCGGAGGCUAGUGAAUGGAAUGUUGAACAUGUCUUUACACAUAAAAGAAAAAAAACAAAGACAGACAAUAGCUGAGAACAGA